AUGCAAGUGACCAAAAAUGGGAGAAAAAAAUAUCUAGUAUUUAUGGUGCAGGUCCAUACAAAUUUUAGAAGAGCAGAGUUAGAAUCACUUGCAGAUUUGUACGGAAUCAACAGCAUUGAUUUCAGUAAAUAUGACGAUUCAACCCCAUUUUUCUAUGUUGAAUUAGAGAACGACCAGCAGGCGAAAGACUGGAUAAAGAGGUCCAUUUUAACUAGAGCAAUUUAUGAAUACUGGGGUGAUGCGGAUACUUACGAGGAAUUACAUGAAUCCAUCCAAUCUCAAGAUUUUUUCCAAAAAAAUAAGGAAUUGUACCACAAUGAUACUUUCAAAUUUGAAUUUGAUACUUAUAGAGGGAAUAAUAAAAGUAAUAGAAUAAAGCAGAUUGAGAAAUUUUCAUAUUUAGAUUUUAAAGGUAAGAUAAAUUUGAAAAACCCACAACAAGUAUUUACAGUCAUUGAAGAAUAUAAACCAAUUUCUGAAAAUAUUCCAGGUAAAGAUCCAAUCCAUCUAAUAUUUGGUAGGCUAAUUCAAACAGGGGAUCGUUUAUCGAUGGAUAGAUAUGAUCUAAAGAAAAGACCAUACAAGGGGACCACAAGUUUUGAAGCAGAAUUAUCAUUAGUCAGUGCAAAUAUUGCCCAAGUGAAACCUGGAACCAUCAUGUAUGAUCCUUUUGCUGGAACAGGUUCUUUCUUAACAGCAGGUGGACAUUACGGUGCAUUGGUAAUUGGAUCUGAUAUUGAUGGUAGGAUGAUCCGUGGGAAGGGUGCGUCGGCUAAUAUUAAUACCAAUUUUAAAUUCUAUGGUGAAAGCUCUAAAUUUUUGGAUGUCCUCACUAUGGAUUUUACACACAAUUCCUUGAGAUCCAACUUAGUAAUUGACACUAUAUUAUGUGAUCCUCCAUACGGUAUUAGAGAAAGUAUUAAAGUGUUAGGUGCGAGGGAUCCCGAAAGGUUUGCCGGGAAGGAAAACAUUGAGAUAGAUGGUAAGAAGGCUUUCUUGCAUCGCGAUUACAUACCAACGAAGAAACCGUAUGCAUUAGAUUCUCUAUUAGAUGAUAUAUUGCAAUAUGCAUCAGAAAGACUUCCAAUUAACGGUAGACUUGCAUUUUGGAUGCCCACAGCUAACGAUGAAAAUAUCGAAACAAUUAUACCGUUGCAUGCAAAUUUGGAAUUGAAAUACAAUUGUGUUCAAGAAUUUAAUAAAUGGUCCAGAAGAUUAUUAGUUUACAUUAACAGAGGUCCAACCUUUGAUGGACCCACUAAUAGUGGUGCAAAGAGGUCAACCACUGUCUUUAGAGAUCGUUAUUUCAAUCAUUUUAAUUAA